AGCUUCCAGAAGUUCCUUUCUAGAUUUUUCUAGUAAAUCAUGGCACAUACUUAUAAUGCGACAGCCAACGGAAACUAUACACAGUCUGUAUAAUAUUUUAAGGCCGCUCUCCCAGUAGCAAGAUUUGUAUGCACUUUAGUUCUCCUUCUACGAUUUUGUUUCGACGAAAUAUACUUUCUCUAGCUGAAUUCCACAAGCCGUUAAACUUUCUGUAUAUAUUAAGUAUUUCUUGUAAUACACGAUGCCUGCAUCUCCCCUAAUGCAACUGGUAUCCCUGACAAAAGUUACGCAGCAUUUUUGCAGGUGCUGCACGACGAAAUUCAUGCAUUCUACAAAAACAUCCAUGCCAAUGGAACUGAGCGUGUACGUCGCGAAGAUGCGAUUGCGCGCAUUACCAAAUUUCUGCAAACCAAGAGCAGUCGUGGCCGUCGAACGAUUCAGCCGUAUGGGAGUUUUCUAAUGGGGACGUUUCUACCUUCCAGCGACAUUGAUGUUGCCGUCACUGUGCGCUCCCUUCGCCCCAAAAGAGCGUCGCCUGACCGCUUUAAUCAGGCCGCAUGGCUAGCCAAUUUGAGACGUCGCCUCGUCAACACUCCCGACUGUGGUUUCACAGUUGUGGAAUUCCGCAAAAGUGCUAAAGAGCCGCUGCUUAUCAUUCGCGACGUUGCUACUCAAAUCGAAAUGGACAUUAAUUGUGGGUGUAACGAAAUUGGUCAUAAUGGACUGGAAAGAUCUCUCUGGAUCGUCUCGCAGCUGCCAACCUACAAAAAUCUCGUGGCCCUGGUGGUUAUUCUGAAGGAUCUGCUCCGUCUUAAUGUCCUCAGUGAUGUUCGUUCUGGCGGCUUCAGCUCCUACGUGCUGACCCUGAUGGUGCUGGGCUUUCUCCAGCGUGGUAACAACAAUCGCAACUUGAAUCUCGGAGACUUGCUGCUCAAGUGUCUUAAGUUUUAUGGUAGUGAUUUCGAUUUCACCAACAACGCCAUCGUGGUGACCGAUGGUGGGAAAAUCAUCAGCAAAAAAGACAUGCAGGCUAUGGUGAAAGAGCCAAUCGAGCAGGGACCGUAUCUGUGUAUUCAACAGCCGACGGAUCCCGCGAUGGACGCCGCUAAAUCAUCCUGCAAAGGGACUCCGGCCGUUCAGGAGGCUUUUAGACGGACAUAUGAUCGACUAAUGGGGAUGGUCGGCACUUCCGCUGUAAAUGGGAAAGACAUCUUGCAUACGGCGUUUGCUUAGUCUGACAGCCGUCAAUCUCGCCCAGAAAGUAAGCCUUAGUGGGCAUUUUGACAAUAUUGUAAUUAGUGUAAUUGCCUCCAAUCGUGCAUCACGGAUUCACGGGUACCGUUAAGGACGGACAUACCGUCGUUAAAAUUCGCCUUUUGUCAAUGAUCCUCAUUUUCUUUGUUGCAUAAAUAUUUUUUUGCAGAUUUGUUUGAGUAAUGUAGAUGAAGGUUUCUCACAGGCAAAUCUUUGAUUGUGCAGUUUAUAAUUGAAAGGUCAUGACGUUUUUGAUUUACUCGUUCGUUGCACCAAGAUUAUUUGGUGUCUGCGGUAAUAACCGCCAUGUUCAAUAAGAACCUACCUAGCAGUGGGCUUUUUUUAAUUAAUAUGCU